AUGUGUACGGGGAAAUGCUCCAGGUUCAUCGGGAUCUCCCUCUACCCCCUGGUUGUCUUUGCCAUUGUCUGCAACGUGAUCCUGUUUUUCCCGGGAUGGGAGACUGGACCCAUACAGAACCCAGAAAGUCAGAUGACACCAGAAGUUCUGUAUCUGGGCGGAGUCAUCGGCAGCGGAUUACUGGUCCUGAUCCCAGCCAUCCACAUCCAAGCGACAGGACGGGAGGGUUGCUGCAACAACCGCUGUGGGAUGUUCCUGUCAAUCAUCUUUGCUGCUAUCGGUGUGGUUGGAUCGCUGUAUGGUUUUGUGGUAUCCAUUGUGGGCAUGGUGAAAGGACCAGUAUGCCAGUAUUGGCCUUCGCUAAGCGUAACUCAACAGCCUAUAUGGGGCCGACCCUUCGACUCCAAGCUAGAAGAUUUCAGUGAAGACAAUUACCUGUUCAACAAAGCUUUGUGGAACACCUGCAUCAACCCCGUGGGAGUAGUGGAGUUCAAUGUCAUCCUGUUCUCGAUGGUGCUAACGGCCUCCGGCAUCUCCCUCAUCCUCUGUACCAUCCAGGUGAUCAAUGGGCUCUUUGGCUGCCUCUGCGGAACCUGCAGGAAAAAUGACUUGCAAUAA